AUGAUAUUUUGGGGAAAAGCGCGUAUUCCUAUUAGAGAAGAAUAUCAUUUAAUUAAAAAGUUGAAGUCAUUAUAUAAUGAGUGGAGAAAUCUACUAAAACAUGCUACUUCAAAAUCGUAUAAUAAUCGAAAGAAAGAAGAAUUAUUUGUAAGUAGGUUUGAUGAUAUCUUUGACAUUGCUCAUACGGACGCGUUGAAUAUAAUGAAAAUAGACAGCGAUAAACAAUUUUUAAUUGCUCAAAGAACUAAUGCAAGACCGGGUUGUAUGCUAGGAAUAGAUAAAAAAAAUCAAGAACUUGAAGAACGUAUGGGAAAAAAAAUCGACGGAUGCGAUAAAAAGAAAAAAAGAGUUUAUGAAGAAAUGGAAACUUUAGGACGAGUAGUUAAUAGUGGGUUGCUUUUUCCAUCUUCGAGUAGAGAUUCAGAGGAAAUUGACAAAAUAUCAUUUGAAGAAAUUAUUGAAAACCCAACAUUUGUACAAAUAAGAGGUAAAAAUAAUUUUAUUACUGAUAAACUGUCGGCGGCACUCGGUAGGUGUAAGGUUAGUGAUCGAGAUGCAGUUCAUAUUUUACUUGCAACGGCGGAGUCAUUCGGUGUUAAUACCGAUGCAUUAAUUAUCAAUCGUACUUCAGUUAAAUGUACUCGGGAGCGUUUUCGUAAAGAAAGAAUGGAGAAAAUUCAAAAUGAUUUCAAUCCAUCUCAAAAAGGUCCUUGUAUAGUUCAUUGGGAUGGUAAACUUCUUCCCUCAUUAUCCAGAAAGAAAUUGGUUGACCGUUUACCAGUAAUUAUAUCACAUAAGUUAUAG